AUGGAUUCUAGAGAAAGGGAUAGGAGAAGGAAACGAAAUAGACAAAGAGAAGAUCAUGGUGAGCCAUUGAUACCCAGCAAUGUUCUUGAUCAAGCAUCGCAACGUAUCUUUGUUCUUUCGCUCUUCAUACUAAUACAGAGUUGGAAAAUCUAUGAUCUAGUAUUAUUAAAAUCAGAAAUUCCAUCCACUGGAGAAGUACUAACCCAAUUAAAUAAUUUCACAUAUGUUUUGAAAUACGCAAUACUAGAUGGGUUGUUUUUAUGGAUUCUACCAGUUCUAAAUAUCCAAUAUUUAACAUUUUCCCCAUUCAAAACUUUGAUGUUGACUGUAAUACUAAAUGCAUGUUCCAUUUUCUUAGUCAGUUCCUUUUCAUUGCCAUUAUUAGCAAAUGUCUUUUUGCCUGUUUGGAGAUUUUUAUUACAAAAGAAAGAAUUGAAUAUUAUUGGAGAAUCAAUUGAUGUAAACAAAGUGAUAGAUAUGGAUUCUCAUUUCAAGGGUCAAUUGACAAUUCAAUAUUUACCAGACUCUUCGGCUAAGAUGAACCCAUUUCAUUUUGACCAAGUUUGUCUUGGUUUGGAAAAUAAUCAUCUUAUUGAAAUGCCAAUUGAAUUCAACACCACAUCAGGAAUUGGAUACUUGCAAAUCCAACAUACCACUCCUGAUAAUGAAAUUCAAUACUUAAACUAUACUGGUGGUUCAUUGCGUAAAUUAUUCAGAAAGGACUAUUCCCAUUUAUCAAAAUAUUCUGAGUACAAUAGAAAACAAGAUCCAAGGGUGUUUUAUUUGGAAUAUCCAAUUGUUAAACCAGGGAUGUAUAGAAUUAAGAGUGUUUUGGACAACAAGGGUAAUAGUAUUCGUACCUAUAAAUCUGAAUUCCUGAUUGCUGACUGUCCACUGGCCAAAUUUUACUACCCACCAAAUUUUGAAAGCACCAAUGGAUUCAAGUGUUUGUCUAAUAUUGAAGACGAUGGAUACCCGUUGCCGUGGAUAGAAAUGUAUGGUACAACCCCGGCGUUUGUGAAACUUAACUUGAAAAUUGACGGUAAUGAGUUUAAAAUGAUGAAUUUGAGUAUCGCUCUGGAUAGUUCCCGUACUAUUUCCAGAACAAACUUUUCUUGGUUGAAAGCGAUUAAAUUGGUGAGAAAUAUCUUACACGACGAAGUUCUUAAAUCAGUUGCAUCAUUAAACAUAGGAACCAAUAGUGCCUUAGAAUUCCAGUUGUUACAAAUUCAAGACUCUCUUGGAAACAUUCACCGAUAUGAACCACUUUCCAAGGAUAAAGAUGUGUGGUACAAACUCAAGCUUAGAAAAUCCCCUUCAAUUGGGAUGUAUGAUAAAGACCAAAAUCAAGAACUACUUGUUGGAGGUAAAAAAGUUUUGUACAUUGCUCAUUCAGAAGAGUUUGUUGAAGAGGAUUUCCCAAUAGGCAUUACUGUUGUGCACACAAACAAUCAUGGCAAAACAAACAACUUCACUGCUACAUUUCAAACCAAAGCUGCUUUAGACAAAGGUUUGGUUGUUGACCAGCCAGGAAGAUAUCAAUUGGUUACUGCAAAUGACAAGUAUUGUCCAUGUGAGAUUGAUACUAAACCAAUUGAUAUUCAAUUAGCACCAAUCCCUACAUUAAAGAUAGCAGCAGACCCGGUUACUGAUAGGUGUCUUGGAACGGUUGGCUAUAAUUUCGAUUUUAAUUUCACUGGUAAGACACCAUUCAAAGUUCAGUAUCAUAUUUAUUCUAAUAUAUCUGGAAGUCUUAAACCUGUUUAUCUGGAUUCUGGAAGAGCUGUGCGUGAGUUGGUCACCCAUGAAAAGUCACAUUCUUUCAAGUUCAUGCCACCAAGUGAAGGUAGCUACACCAUUGUUUUUAAUAAUCUUAAAGAUGCUAACUAUUACAAAGACCCAUUGACGUUGGAUGAAAAAACUCACACAUUCCUGACAUAUUUCAGACAUGCAUCUCAAAUUGGAUUCCAACAAAGAGAGAGAAUCAUACGCACAUGUUAUGGUCAAACUUCUACAAUUCCACUUUUCUUUAAAGGAAAUGGUUUGUUCUCAUUUGAUUAUGAUUUUGUUGAUGUGAAUACUAGGAAGAAAUUGUUGGAUACUGUUCAUGUUGAAAAAGUUGAUAGUUAUAGCAUUGAAACCCCAAGUCAAUUAAUUGGAAAAACAUACGAGGUUGUAUUAUCAAAUGCCAAAGAUAGAUUUGGUUGUGAUGCAGUGUAUACCGAUAAGAAUGCCCCAAUGAAGGUUGUUAGUAGACUGGACAUUCCAGAAGUGGAGUUGAGUCAAGUAGAACAAAAUGUAACCAUUGUUGAAGGUUCCCAUAUUGACAUCCCAUUGAAAUUCAAAUCAUCUAUUCCUAUCAGCGGGCAUGAUAAAAUUGAAAUCAAGUUCCAAGCUGCCAACACCGAUAAAGUAGUUGUGAAGCGAGUUCUGUUAAUUGGUACAUCGAUCAGGUUACUGGAAGCUGGUAAAUAUUGGUUACAUUUGUUUGAAAGCAAUGGGUGCAAAGGUCGUGUUUUGAACGAAACUAAUUCUAUCAUUGUCAAUUACUAUCCUAAACCAUCUUUGAAGAUAUCUGCCAGUGAAGAAAUGUUGCAGCAUACCGAUGACUCGUCGAUUCAUUUGAAACCGGUAUGUUUUGGAUGCACCAAUGAAAUCACAUUGAAUUUAAUUGGUCAAGCCCCAUUUGUCGUUGAUUAUGAGAUUAAAUUACCAAGUGGUAAGAUUGAGUCACAUUCCAUGAAUAUUGAUACCCACGAAAUACUUAUCAAGUUGCCAACAAAAGCCAAUGGUAGGUUUGAACAUAAAUUCAAUAAGGUGUAUGAUAGUUUGUACACUAGACACAAAGGCAAAGUUGGUAAGGCUGAUGUUCCGAAAGUUAUUUACAACAUUAACCCACUACCAACUGCACAAUUUAUACCUGAUGAUCAUUUCACACAAGUCUGUGAAAAUAAAUUAUUUGAAAAUUCUGUUAUUGCCAAUAUACCAGUCAAGUUCAGUGGAGCUUACCCAUUUGAUGUUUCAAUGAUUUUAAGAAAUGAACAGACAGGAAAAACACGUGAUUUGAAUUUUAGAAAUGUGAUGUCCAAUUCAUUGAUUUUGAAUAAUUUGGACUUCCUUGGUUUGGGAGAUUAUUCAUUGAGUUUUACAAAAGUAGUAGAUGGUAAUGGAUGUGAGAGUAACAAAUUUAAUGCAAAUGACAAAUAUUUAAUUUCAAUUACCCAACCUCCUAAUAUAUUCAAGUUUGAUCCGAAGAGGAAACAUUACUGUGUUGGUGAUCACGUGUCAUACAAUUUGACAGGUGCAUUACCAGUGACUAUAUUUUAUGAAUAUAACGACAAAAUGAGAAAAACACAACUGUACAAUUAUUUUGAAAGAUUGGCUUCAAGACCUGGUAUAUUGAAUAUUCAUGGGUUGGAAGAUUCUGGGGUAAAUUCAUGUAAAGUAAAUUACACUUUUGAUCCUAUCAAACAAGAAGAAUUGAGACUUCAAGUACAUGAAAUACCAACUGUUGAAGUGAACAAAGGUGACUAUAUUAUUGAGGAUCUUCACGAGGGGGAUCAAACUGAGUUAAUAUUUACAUUCCUUGGAGAACCUCCGUUUAAGCUUACUUAUAUUAGAACUAUUGAAAUUAAAAAGACUGGUAAAAAACCGGUAAGGAAAUUGGUUGAAAAGGAAACCAUCAGUGAUAUUUGGAACCAUGAAUUAGUAGUGAUGGCCAGUCUAGAGGGUACUUACGAAGCAAUUGAAAUUGAAGAUAAAUAUUGUCGUGCCAUUAGAAAAGUUGACUAUAUAGAUUAA